AUGUCAAUUGAGCAAGUACAAGAUCAAGAAUCUCAACGUUUUAUGGUACUAAGUACUGCUCGAAUUUGCAUCGAACAACGGCAAAUGGCAAUAAAAGAGUCAGGGGAUAAUGAUAAAGAAAACGAAAAUUGCCCUAAAAAAUUCGAAAGGAGUCCUGACAUCGUUGUUCACCCAGAAAGUUCCAUCGCUCAAGAAUGUAGGAAAAGAAGUGAAUAUAAGAAACUUUUCUUGUAUUUUGAUAUUUAUGCGGAAGAAAUCCGAAACAAACAUUUGGAAAAAAAUACGUUCAUCCCAUUGGAAAACAUGCCAAAGGAAGAUCAGUUAAAACGACAAUUUAAGGCAAGAAAUCAACAAGACAGGCUUCUCUCAUACAACUCAUUCGAAAUUGUUAAUCUAAUGGGAGAAAAUUAA